AUGACCCAGGACGUCUGUUGGAUAGGACCAGAAAAAAAAUCGAAAAAAAAAUCAAGGAUUCAUGAGUAGGCGUUGAAGUAGAGAAAGACAUUAUGGAACUUGAUACAAAUAUUUUUUUGGUUAUCUUCAAAAAAGUUUAGAAUCUAGAGAACAUAUUUAAUCACGGAAGACCUUAUGGAACUUUUUAAGAAUUAAAAUUCAGAAAUCGUUGAAUACGGAAGACUCUAUGGAACUUUUCAAAAAAACCUUUUUUCCAGAAUCCCCUCACGAGCUUAAAAUUAUACAACAAACUGUUGAUUUUUUUCAAAGCCUUUUCAUUUUUUCAGACGGAAACUCGGGAAAGAGAGAAGAACAAAUGGGCCGUUGUGACUGGUGAACAGAUCGCCAACUAUAAAAGACACGACUGGGACUCUCUUUUGACCUGCAGGAAUAUUGUCUUUGCCAGGUAAGCACUGAGAUUUGAAGAAAUAUAGUUGAUCCACGGGGUCAUUGAGAAAGGGUUUUGACACGAUUUCAAAAAGAGAUAAUGCCUGGUGGAGAGCGCAGGGAAGCCACGCCCCCUUGGGGCUCCAACUCUAAUAAAAAUAAAGUUCUUAACCGCAGUGAACCCCGAAAUAAGUGAAAUUUUCGUUGAUUUUCGGGGUACAACCCAAGUUAGACCUGGUGGUACGCACCCCUGAAACGACGGAUCGAAAAGAAAAACCGUUUUUGAGCUACCGUAACAAAUCAGGAUGGAACUGUAGAGUUGUACUGUUAAGAAACUGUUUUGAAAUAGGAAUUGGGGUGCACCGUCACUUUUGUUCGAGAAGCUAGCCCUGAAUCGGCUAUUUGGAGUUGGGAAAAGUUUAAGGAAUAUUUCGCUUUUUCAAACAGAAAUGUUUUCCUGAACGUGUUACUACUCGCAGAGUUUUAUUUCAAGCAAAACAGAAACAUGAAAAUUUAUUAAAUGGAACUUUUAGUGAGAAAAGGUUGUUUCAAAACUUUUGAAACUUUUCGAAAAGUCUAUUUGAAAUAAGGACGAAAGUCAGGAGUUUCCAAGAAAUGCGAAUCGAAAUUCGGGUUUUGAGGCUAAUUUCACGAAAUUCAAAUAACCAUUAGAGAGUGAAAAAUAUGUACAAAUGAAAUUUUGGAGAGUCACAGAUAAUUUUGAAUCGUGCAAAACUACUAGUUUGGGCGAGCUUUGUAACUCAGAUCUGUUUGAAAUGCAUUUCAUUUUUUUAAUUUUUCACGAUUCCAAAAAUGAUUCUUCCGUUUUUCCGGGGAUCUAUCGACUUUUUGAGAAUUUUUGAAAAAGUUCAAGAAAGUUUUAUUUUCAACUUGUUGUUUUUCUUCAACUUUAAACAGUUUUUUAGUAAAAUGUGAUUUUCUUUUUCAACUAGUCCUAUUUUGGUCUUUUUUUGGUGAAUGUACGGAAGUCAUUUCAUACCUUUUAUAGUCGAAAAUGCAUACGUCUUCAUCUCAAUUUAUUCGAAGUUUCUUUCAAAAUUCGAUUCCAGAACGAACCCGGAGCAGAAGCUGCACAUCGUGCAGGAAGUCCAGAGGAGAGGCGAGACUGUGGCGGUCACUGGGGGCGGAGUCAACGAUGCUCCGGCUCUUGCUCAUGCUAACGUCGGCAUCGCCAUGGGUCUCAAUGGUGAGCUUCAACUUGUGAAAAAAAAAGAUUUUUUUUUUGAGUGGUUUCUUAUAAGUUUCUCUUUCGAUCGACACGUAGCACUUUUGAAACAUUUAAUUUUCAGCUCAUAAGUUGAACUUUGAAUACAUCUUUUGUUAAAAACUUGAGUUGAAGGGAGCGAUAUCGCGAAACAAACGGCCGAUAUCGUACUGCUCGAUGACAACUUCGCUUCGAUCGUGAUGGGAAUCGAAGAGGGACGGUUACUCUUCGACAAUUUGAGGUUGAACUCUCGGAAAAGUCUCCUCACAAAGAGUGUUCAAGACUAUCACUGGCCUACACUUUCGCCCAUCUUUGGCCCGAAGUUUUCCCGGUUAUGUUGUCGUUCAUCCUUGGUCUCCCUCAUGGCUUAUCUCCUCUACAGGUCAGUUUAUCGGGAAAUAUAAUUCUGGAAAAACGAUAUCCAUUUUUAAAGGUGAACUGAGCGGAAAAAUUAUAAUUGCAAGAUAGUUAAAAUGAUGGAAAAUGUGCAGAAACCCUGAAAAUCUUCAGAUGGACCAAUUUUGCAAUAAAGAGCCGCUUGAAUUGAGAAAAGAUACCAAAAUCGAUGAUUAUUAUAAUUAUUACAUGUCUGUUUUCAAUAAGAUCGAAUGAUAAACGAUGAACCCAACGCUUCUAAAAGGACACCCAAACAGAAGAGUCCGACCUUAGUUCGACAUUUUUGCAGAUCCUCUCGGUGGACCUGGCCUCGGAGAUGCCGCCGGCCGUGUCCCUGGCCUACGAGCAGCCCGAAAAUGACAUAAUGCACACGCCGCCGCGUUCCCGGACCGCCCGUCUUUUGUCGAAAAGCCUUCUGGUUUACGCCUACGUCCUCGCUGGUUUCGGAAUCACCAUUGGUUGUAUAGCCGCCUAUCUCAGCGUUUAUUGGUGAGCCAGGGGUUUUUUUUUUGAUGAAAAAGUUUUUUCUUUGCAAUUUUUUUUUCAAAUUUUUAUUCCUCGCUCAUAUUCCUCAAGAUAAAUUUCCAGGUACCACAACAUCAGCGUAGGCGACAUUUUGUUCACGGCGGAGCAUCAUUGGAAGGUCGGGGCCAGGAAUUUCACGACGAGCGAAGGCCUCGUCCUCGAUGAGCAGCAACAACUUUUCAUCAAGGGCCAGGCCGCCGCCGCCUGGCAAAUCACCUUGGUCAUGUCUCAGGUGCAGCAAUCAACCAAAACUUGCUCAUUUUCAAGUUCAAGGUGUUUCACUUGUACAAUUGCACGACACGUCGCGUUUCCGUCUUCAAACACGGAUUUUCCAACAUUGUCAGCGUCUUUGCCGUCAUUAUUGAGGUGAGCUGCAACGAGAAAGAUGUCCUCUUAAGUGGCUACUCAAAGGUCACAAAGCCAUCCCUUAAGUUGCCAUUCUAGAAUUCACUAUGAAAAGACCCUGAACGAAAAUAUUUCAAGUAGCUCAAGUUUAUAGGCGACCCAAUCGGCAUAGUGAAUAAAAUAUUUCGAUUGGACACUUGAGUGGUUUCAAAGUUAUUUAUUAUACUUGAUCAGAAUCUUUAAUUCGAUCAAUUUUGGUCAUUUUUUUUUGAAACUUGAUUUUUUUUUUCAUAAAACAUUCUCUACAUCGAGUUGUUAACAAAAACUAGCCGUGAUUGCAAAAAUUAAAAGUGUAGGGUUCGAUAAAAGUUUCAGAUCCUGCUGCUGUUCAUGUUCGUCUACACGCCGGUCUUCCAGUACAUCAUGGACAUUCACACGCCGCCGCCUCACGUCUGGGCGAUCGCCCCUCUCGUCGGACUCUAUCUGUUGGUCCUCAACGAGGUCCGCAAGUACUUCAUCCGCAACUAUCCCAAGAACAAGUUCGUGCGGCUCAUCAAAUGGUAG